CCCUCUUCCAUUCCGAGCUUCAUCAGUGCCAAAGCAUCCUCCAAUGGCGAAGUCCUUCGCCAAAACCCUCGCUUUUUUGCUCUCCCCUUCCAAUACUCGUCUUCGCCUCACCUCAGCAUCUUCUCGCUUGUACGCCACCGCCAAGAGCGUUCCUACAAGGCCACGAUUUGCCCCUCCUUCGGCGGAGGAUGACGAGGUCGACGUCAUCCCGUCGGAGGGGAUCAGCAGGCCUUUGUCGGAGGUCCUCCGGGAACUCAACAAAAAGGUUCCUGAUUCCGUUAUCAAGGUCCGCACGGAGGAUAACUUCGCUACCAAAUACGUCCCUUGGCAUAUUGUCAAUCGCAUUAUGAAUCUGCAUGCUCCGGAAUGGUCGGGUGAGGUCCGGAACAUUGUUUAUUCACCAGAUGGCAAGUCUGUUUCUGUUGUUUAUCGUGUGACUAUCUACGGAACUGAUGCAGAGAUAUACAGGGAAUCAAGUGGAACAGCUUCUGUUGAAGAUGCAGGUUAUGGAGAUCCAGUUCAAAAGGCGGAAGCAAUGGCUUUCCGGCGAGCUUGUGCUCGUCUUGGGCUCGGACUUCAUCUAUAUCAUGAAGAUAUGUUGUAGUGAAUGAGAUACCUGUUGUAGUGUUGUAUGAUGUGCAAACAUAGGCUCUCAAAUGAUCAUAAUCAUUAUGGAAACAACCUUUUUGACAUUUAGAUUCUGGCCUUGCAUGUUUUGUAUAAGCAAGCAUAUCAAUAUGUAGUACUUAUCUUUAUAUCAAUCAAGCAUUGUAAAUCGAUAAAGUUAAAACUUUGAAUGCAAUGCAAUCUUUUGAAUGUUAAUUGCUAUAUUUGCCA